CGGCUUGUCACGGCGCAUGCGCCGCACCACCCGACAUCGACUCCGCGUUUCUUCGCAGUCCUCCUGACGAUGUCGCCCGUACGUUCAGUCGAAAUCCGCCGUUAAACCGACCGCGCACGUACCGUAUCGAAGCGAACGAAACAAACAACAAAAAAACCAACCAUUUUGCAUGCCAUUCGAAGCGACACCAUCGAAUCAUGUGCGACCAAAAUAGCGCGUCCACGCAGAGCAUCGCAGACUAUCUGGCUCAGCUGCUGAAAGACAGGAAACAACUAGCCGCAUUUCCCAAUGUUUUCAUCCACGUAGAGAGGCUGCUGGACGAAGAAAUAGCGAAAGUAAGGGCUAGUUUAUUUCAAAUAAAUGGAGUCAAAAAGGAACCAUUAGUAUUACCGGAACCAGAUGGACCAGUUACGACACUCACAGAGAAAGUUUACGUGCCAGUUAAAGAACAUCCAGACUUUAAUUUCGUAGGUAGGAUCCUAGGGCCUCGAGGCAUGACGGCCAAACAACUAGAACAAGAAACGGGCUGCAAAAUAAUGGUCAGAGGGAAGGGCUCGAUGAGGGACAAAAAGAAGGAAGAUCAAAAUAGGGGUAAACCGAAUUGGGAACACCUCUCAGACGAACUUCACGUUCUUCUCACCGUAGAAGACACCGAAAACAGAGCCCAAUUGAAAUUGCAGAGAGCCGUCGAGGAAGUUAGAAAACUCUUAGUACCUCAAGCGGACGGCGAAGAUGAAUUAAAAAAGCGCCAGUUAAUGGAACUAGCCAUAAUAAACGGUACCUACAGGGAUUCCAGCGCGAAAGCGGCAUCAGUAGCAGAAUUUCUAAUUCCAGCCUGCGACGAGGAAUGGCGCCGUCUGGCGUCCGCCGUCGAAACGCAACGCCUCCUAUCGCCCGGCAUACCGGGCAUGGGGACGCCGAUGAGGACGCAAGGGACGCCGCUCGGCGCGCCGUUGAUCCUGUCGCCGCGCAUGUCCGUCCCGACGACGGCGGCGUCGAUUCUAAACGGUUCGGCGCCGCCGCCGGGUUCGCUUCUGUCGCCCGGCGAUCCGCACGGAUUGAUCUACACGCCCUACGCCGAUUACACGAAUUACGCGGCCUUGGCGGCGGCGUCGCCGUUGCUCGCCGAAUACACGACGGCCGAUCAUUCGGAUGCCCUUCCCUAUGACAACCAAUGUGGUCUUUGUACUAUUUAUCUGUUUUGAGAUUUUUAUUUCACUCUUCGAUUGAUAUUUAUCUGUCAAUUGUCAAAUUUCGAAUGUUUGACAAUUGACGUGAGGGAGAGUUCGAUGAGAAUUUUCCGAUUGAUUUUUUUUUUUUCGUUUCUUAAUGCGUUACUUUUCCAAUUCGGAUCGUAAUUGUGUGGAAAAUUCUCGUCGAUUAAUUGAUGAAAUUAAUUAUAGUGGAAGUUUGGUUGAUUUUGCAAAAUUUUUAAGCAGUUUUUAUCAGUAUUUUCGAGUGUAAACAUUUAUGCGGGUUGUGACAGAUAAAAGAUAGCACUCUUGAUGCGUAUAUAAUAUUUAAAAGAUAACGCCCUGCAAAAUUAUCUCGUUUUUUUAUUAUUAUUAUUUUUUUUUUCUCUAUCGGAAGAAGGAAGGAUUUUUAUUUUAUUUUUCGAUUUUAGGUUACCAUAUUAUUACAUAAACAAGGCAAAAAUGCGUUAAGAUUAGUUUUAAUUUUUUUUAUUAGAUUUUAGGUUGUAUAUAUUUAUUUUCUAUAAGGCUAUAUUUUAACCAGUAAUUGUUUUCUUAGAAGCAAUCGGACAAGAAAAAAUUAAAAUGAACCAAUUUUUGGAAUAGUAGAAUUCUUACGCACAUUUUCAAUUACUGUUAAAUCAUUUUCUCCAGCAAUAAUCCAUUAAAAAACUCCAGAAAAUAAAAAAAAUCUCAAAAGCAGAAAAAAAAACCAUUGAUUUUUGCCUUGCUCGAGACAUUCUAGUUUUAAGUAAGUCCGUACUAUAUUAUACAGGGUGAUCCGUUCCGAACGGAUCGGAAGAAUUAACGAAAACAUAGAGAAUAGGUUGUGAUUUAAAAAAAAAUAAAAGUUCAUUAUCGGUUUUGUUAGGGUAUUUUAAUGUAAUAGAAAGCUUUGAAAAUCAAACCAAGCUUUGCGCGAAUCUCCGAGAAAAAGCGAAAUAGAGAAAAGUGAAAUGAACUGAUGAACAAGUAGAUAGAAAUAAGACCGCGAGAGGGCGCAGCAGGCGUAGAAUAUGGGAAAAAGUCCGUUAUUUACGAAUCACCAUGUAUAAUAGACACACUUCGUACCUCAUCAAACGUCACAUCACGUGAUAACUAGUCUAAAAAAAAUUUUUUUUAUACAUAUUUUUUUUUAUAUUAUUUUACAUAUUUAUUUAUUUCGAAGUAUAUUUUUAUGUAGCGCGCGCGAUUCGAUCCUUCUUUCUUUCGCUAACAAAUACUUGACAGUUGACGUGUAUAUCAAACGUCAUUUGUCAAAAAUUCAACGAUGACUGGAUUUAUUCGGUCUAAUCGAGUAGAGUUAUUAUUUUUCUAUUAUUUGGAAUAAAAGCGGCAUUUUACGAAAACGAAAAAAAAAAAGACGUGCUGAUUUAAUUUAAUAUUAUAGGACUCACUCGAAUUGCGUUUAUCUUUCGUUGCGAUUUAGUGAGAUGAUUUUUAUUUAGAGUUUUAGAGUCGGAUUUCGGUUUGAAAUUAUACCGGAAUCCGAUUCGUUUAGAUUUAUACAAUAUUACCUUUCUAUAGUAUAUUUUUUGUAUGUUGUUUUGUUGACUUGCGCCAAUGUGGAACAAAAUAUAUUUAUACGAAAUUACGAUAAUUUUAUUUUAUUUCUGCGAUCCCCCGAUUUAAUCGACUUUUUAUUUAGUCCGCUCGACGACUCGGAUUUGUAACUUUUGUAAUAAUUUUAUUUUAUUUUUUUUUAGUUAUUAACUUACGCUAAUUAACACUCACGAGUAAAUCAUAACUUUCUAAUUCCACAAUUUUGGCCAAGUUCACUAAUUUAUUUACGAAUGAAUGAGGAAUAUAAUAUAACGUAUGAUUGUGUUCCAUAUAGCACUAUAUUAAAAUUGCAUUAACAUUUUAUUUUUUUGUACAGUACGAAUAACAAUUUUUUGAUUUGCCUUUUCUAAUCGAAUCGUAAAGGAAAAAAAAUCAUUUCGAAAUUCACUCGUACUUUAUUUAGAAACUAUGGAGGAGUAACUUUUUUUUACACGAGUUUUCUUUCCGUAGUUACUAAAUAAAGUAUAAAUAUUCAUUUUAAUCGAUUUGUUUUGGAUAUUCCGCGGGGGUUGCGUCUCACUUUCGAUUAUUUUCGGAAUUUCUUGCACGCAUUAUUUUUAAUAUAGUUCCUAAUAUAGAACACUCUCACACACUUUUUCGCUGCCUAGGUUAUUUAUUUUAUACUUGUACGAAAUUUUUUCGCUCUAAUCUCAGUGUCAUUUUUUCGUAUCUUUUUUUUUUAUUCACAAUAAUCAGUGCAUGUCGAAUUCGUUUCGAUGAUUAAUUCGUUUUGCUAGAAAAAAAAAGGUGUAGGUAAAUGAGUUUAAUUAAAUAAUAAUUGUUCGUUUUAAUUAUUAUUAACUGGGUUUUUUUUGAAUAUUGAUUUUUACGAGCUAUAUGUUUGUUUAAACUACGCUUUUUUAACUAGAGUAUACGCAAUUUUAUUGGUAUUUGUAGUGAAGUCAUGUCAUUAUUUUCGAUUCUAUAAAUUGUAGAAUUAUUUCAAUGAAUAAUAGGAGUAUUUGUUUUUCAAUUUUAAUGAAUUAUUUCUGUGUUUUUAAAAAUAUUUUGGCUAUUUCAAUCAAUAUUUUGGUGAUUUUAAUCAACAUUUUUUGGACGUUUUUGGGCUAUUUUUUUACAAUUUUAAAUGCAAAAGAAACGAAAUAUUUGACACUGAGAUUUCAAUCUUAUAAGGUUUACGACGAUUCACCAAUCAUUUUACAUUUAUACGUAAUAAUAAAAAAAAUAUAAUCGGCACAGUAGACCUUAUAAAUUUCAAAAAAAAAAAAAAUAAAAUUGUGCCGUGUCAAAUCAAAAUGAAGCUAUUUACGAACGAAAUUACUAACAAACUGUUUUUUUCUUUUUCUUUUCUUGUUAACUCGGUUGGCCGGCCUUAGGCUUUGUGGAGUGCUAACCCCCUUCGUCACAAACACACCCCACACAACCCCUUCUGCGUCCAUCCUUCGACUAACGACAAAAAUCGAAAAAUUUUAAAACCCGGAAGCGCCGGACCAACUCCAAGGGUAGCGGUAUGUCUAACAAAUUUACAUCACUAACAGCGAAUUCACGUUUUUGUUUAAUUUUUACAUUAAUUUAAUUUAAUUUAAUUUAAAAGAUUUUUUAAUUAUUAUUAUUUUUUUUUUUAUUUUUUAUCAUUCGUGUAUUACUAAAAAAAUUAAAAUCAGAUACUUAUGUAAUGUGAACGUUGAAAUUCUGCCAUGCGGUGCAGUCGAGUAAGGAUUUACUUUAUUUUAUUAUUUGUAAAUCGAUUUAAAUAUUAUUUUGUUUUUUUUUCUCUAUUUGGGUAUUCUCGAAUUACUUACUCCGCUGUGCUUGUUGUAGACUUAACAUUUUAGUAGAUUAUUCGAUUGUUGUGGAAGUAUUUUUUUCAACCAUUUUUUUGUGUAAUAAUAUGUAAUUCAGAUAAUUACAAUGAGAUUACUUUCAUAACAAUACGAAAGCUAAAAAUGCGUUAAAUGCCUCGAUUUAUUUAUUUUAUUUUUAAUAUUUACAAUUCCCUAAUCAACUGUGAUAACAUCUUAUUAUUUUUUUAAUAAUAAAAAUUGAGUCUCAAUCACCUCACACUUGGAAUUAAUAUUUUUUUUCUAAAAAUAAUCGAAGCAUUUAAUGCAGGCGAAGAAAUAAAUCCAAUUAAUACGCAAAUACUCUUUUCGAAUCUCAAAAUUUUCGAUAUUAAAAAAAAACGAAUUUUUGGAUUUAUUUCGCACGUCAAAUAUUGUUUGUAUACUAAGUAGAUCUUUGGAUAGGCAUUUAUCCAUUUUUUUAAUAUUACUAAUAUCUCAAAGAUGUUUUUUCUUCUGCGAAAGUACAAAGUUCUUUCUAGAGUGCCAACAAAAUAUUUUUUUCAAAUCGACAACGGCGGUAUUUUGAUAAAAAAUAGUUAAAAAUGAGAGAAAAAAAAAGCAUAGAAGUACAAAAAAAAAUAACUUGUGAACCCCAAUCGAAAAAAAAAAUGUCUCGAAAAUUUACCGGUAUUAAAAAAUAUAAGGAAAUUGGAAAAGCCGCCCGGGGAAAAAGAAAAGUGAUUUCGAUAAACGCGCUACAGGAAAAAAAAUAACUAUUUUUUAUCGAAAAGGUGCCAAAGGAAUUCGAAAAGGAUCAGAUGCCCGACUACCGAGAGAAACUAAAGUAAACCCAUGCACAUUAUUUCUUAUUAUACAGGAUGUUUAAUAGGCAAAUGGCGAUAUUUAAAUCACGUUUGCAACAAAUAUAAUUAAUUUUUAUUUCGUUUAUUAUUCAUAAAAUAUGCACCACUUGCCUAAGAAACACCCUGUAAAUUAUAUACUGUAUAAUAAUUGUACUUAUCGAAUUUUCUUGGCAAAGUUAGAAAUUCUCUGUGUAAUUAUUACAUUAUAAGGUAUGUAUUUAUUUAAGCGACUUAAAUAAUUAAAAAGAUUCGUUGUAAAUAACGUCUUGUUAAAUACACGUUUUAUUUUUAUUCAAAAUGAAUAUUCUAUUCAGUUUAAUAAGUGCCUGGUAAUUGCAUAGGCGUUGUUUAAACGAACCUUUAGAAAAACGAACAAACAUUUUACAAUAAUUUAUGUAUUAUAAAAUUUGUUAAGGAUUUUUCAAAAUUACAGGGGGCUCAAGUAUAACGUAAAGUAUUCGAAAACAGAACUUUUCAUAAAAAAAGAUUCUGAUUUUCAAAUAGAAGCAAUAAAAAUUUCUCACCUCUAAUUAAUUUGAAUGGAAAUAUUUAAUUACUGGUUUUUUUAUUAAUAAUUCAAGAGAUCUGAGUAGGAUAUUUCGGUUGUAAGAUGAAAAAUAAAUCUCAUUAUUUUCCGUCCACUUUCUCGAAUAAUAACUAGAAUCGAACAUAUGGUUUUAUUAAGUAAAAAAAAAUAAAAUUUAAUACUCUGGAAUAAUUCGGAUACGUGCAAUAAAUAAAAAAAAAUAAUUGAGCCGAGUGCAAUUUGUUAUUUAUUUUGGACAUUUUUAUGAAACGCGAAAUAACCUCUUUAUAUAUAUAUUGUUGUACUUAGAUUAUUAGUUUUUAAGUAAUUUGAAGUCGAUUUUGGACGACUUCAAAACAAAUGGCUAUUUAAGAAGUUUGAAAAAGGCAUUAUAAUAUUAUUUAAAAAAAAAGGUAGCUUAUAAUACCUUCGAUGAAAUGAAAUGAAACAUUAUUUUAAGGUAAUUUAUGUGUCAUAUUAAUACUAUUUGAUGUUAAUUCUAUUUUUUUUGUUGUACUUUUUGAAAUGAAUUCGUCGAGAGUUUUCUUUUUCAGAAUAAUUUGAGAUUAUCGUAUGUAUUAUUUGUGCACAAAUCAAUAAAAAUAUCUAAUAAGCGUUCGUUUGCGUUUUGCAAUUUUCCCAAGAUAUACAAAACAUAAUUAAAAAUUACCUUCAUUUCAAUAUUAAUUGCAGGAGAUUUUCUGUUCGGGAAGGAUCAAUUCGUUCCUCAAUUUCUUCUUGUUCUGCGAAAACCAUUUCGUAAAUUCCGCCACCAUCGAAUUGCUCUUAUCUCCGUUGUUCUCCAAAUAAUCGUAGUAAGCCAAUCGGAUUAUCUUCAAGCAGGUGCUAUUGUGAUAAGGAACGCACGUUAUCGGAUCCACAUAUUUCGCAGGU